GCGUGAGUAUUUUCCUCUUUUCUUUUCUUUUUUUUCUCGUCCUCUCGCCUCUCGCUCUCUCCGACGAAACCCCAAAAUUUUCUGAGGGAAGCAAGCGGCGGCGCACGGAGUCCCCUCCCUCCCCAAUCUGCAACGAACUCGAAGGGCGGCGGCGGCGGCGUACGCCGGUGAAUCAGGUUCCCGCGGCGGAGCCGUGCUCCACCCCCGCGCUCCCAUGAGCGAUCUCCGCGAACUCGGCAUGCGGCGGGAGCCGUCGAGGGCUGAGGUGGUGGGGCGUGCCAAGGACGACGGGGACUUCGACGCGCUCCGCCGCGCCAUCAUCCGCAAGGUCAAGGACAACGAGGUGCUACGCAGCAACAUAAUUGCAGAGGUGAAGCAGUCAGUGGUAAUAAAUGAAGAUGGCUCUGAAAAGUUAAAGCUGAAAGAUCUUUCUGAUGCGAUUUACCAAGAUAUCGGGAGCAAAAUAAUGGGUCAAAUCUCAGACGAGAUAUGGGGUGUCAUCCUAUCAAAUGAAAUUGAUAUCCGAGGAACUUCUGAAACUGUCUACAAUAGAAUGAUGAACCCUGAGCAGCAGCAGGACCCUCCUUCAAAGAAACUGAAGAGGAAUGCCAAAGAGGAGCAAGUGUCCCCAGCAAAAGCAUCAACUUCUGUUGCAGUCCAGCUGGAAGAUGAUGAUCCAGAGGAACCACCAGGAUUUGGUUUCAGUGAUCAUCAGCGCAGCAACAUCAUGGCAACUCAGCAGCAGCAGUCGUCAAAUACUGAGAAUCAUAACCAAGUGAAACCAAAUGAAGGUGAGCCCAACGCCGUUAGCUGCCCUGGGGAUGAUGAUGAGGAGGAUCCUGAUGUGCCUCCUGGGUUUGGUUAACAUCCUGCAAUCUUCUAUUGUGGUGUGAUCUGUGAUGUUUCUUGUCAACACUAAGAAAAAUGAUUUAGUUUACAUUUGCUGCUCGAGGGGUUCAUUUGAAUAUUGAAUCAUGAAACCGAUAUGAUUGGGAUGAGUUCAUGUUGCUCCUAGCUUCAGCCUCUUAUUUAUGAGGGAACAAAUGGGCAUUUAAGCGAUCAGUACCUCACUGGAUUCUUUCUGAGCGUGAUCUUCAGUUUGUGCUUCCUGUGACUCUGACACUCUGUAUCAGGUUCGCCUAUUGUUGAAAGCCUGCAAAGAGAGUUUAUAUAGCCCAUGGGCUAUGCUGAGGCUGAGCUUCCAGGAUGCAUUUGAGGCCCAUCAACUCCUGGGCAAUGAGAAUUCAAGGAUUCAGAUUUCAGACAUCAGAAUCUCCAUCCUGAAACUGGGAAAUUUUUAAAUAUUUCAGAAUUGGCAGGGAGCUUGCAGCAACAUAGCCUUACAUAUGACAGAAUCAUAUGGCAUGGUUCCUCCAGUACAAUACAGGCAUAAUAUACUAGUAUACAAUUAAGAUUGCCCUGUCUGCUAAAGCUGGCCUAAGUGAUGGUUUUGGUGACGUCAAUUGGUCAAAGCAUUGCUGCACUUAACAAGGAAAAAAGGUGACCCUGUCGACAUGGAUCAUAAUUAAAGUAUGAACCACAUCACAUAUCAGUAUGUCCUGGGCAUCAUACGGCGGCUUGGAACAAAAUUAUAAAAAGACAAUGGCAAGUUCUUUUUUCCCUGGAUGGUUUGAACAAUACAUCGAGUGCGAAUCAACAGGACUACAGCUAUAUAGCAGAAAUGGUCCAUUCAAAAUUUGAAACAAGUCCGUCGCAGUACAAUUUUGCAGGCGUUUGAUUGUUUGAACUCAACUCAAUUCUACAUGUUCAUCCAUGAAACAGCAGCGAACCAAAACCCAUGUCUCAUCAGAGAUGAAAAUUUCAGAGCUCACUCGAAUACAGCACGAUCAAAUGCAUCAUUGAUCCUCAUCUUCUGCUACUUGCUACAACGACAAACAGUACACCCUCGACUGGUCAGGGAGGAUGCCUACGAAUAAUCAAGCAGGAGACAGGGCUUCCUGUGCGUGACGUGGCUCUCGUUUAGACCCUUGUGAUGGCCUAGCUAGCUAGCUAGAUCUAUGCAUGGAUUGGAAGCUGGCCAUUGGAAGAGCAUGAGCUCUCCAGUCUUGAUGCAAUCAGCUUGGAAUCAGGGAACACCGGAACACUGGAUGGAGUAGGUACAUGGUCAUAUGCUGCUACUAUAACAUAUUGUAGGCUAGUACUACUGCUAGUUCUUCCUCUCUUUUUUUUUUUUGUGUGUGUGUAACUUUGGCCGCUCAGAAACGCCUUGAGACAUUAUUCCUUCCUACUCCCUCUGUCCCAAAAAAAAGGCAAACCCUGAAUUUUCGUUUCCAAUUUUGACUGUCCGUCUCAUAUGAAUUUUUUUUAUAAUUUCUAUUUUCAUUGUUGUUAAAUGAUAAAACAUGAUUAAUAUUUUAUGCGUGACUUGUCUUUUUAAUUUUUUUUAUAAUUUUUUCAAAUAAGACGGACGGUCAGACGUUGGGCACGGAAACCAGGGUUUGUUUGCUACUGCAUGUUUAUUCCCCAAGGACACAUCUGUUACAGCAUUCUAUUUUUUUAUGUAUGUAUGUAACAUGCCAUUCUAUCAAA